AUUACCAUUUUCCUUUCCUCAAUUUUCUCAGAAAAAAUUUCUCUACACCUGCAUGUCUGCCACUUUAACAACCGUAUAAGCCAUGUUUUAUCAGCCAAAACAAUUCAUGUUCUAAAAUAACUCUACAAAAUACUACUACUGCUGCUGCUACUACUACUACUGCAUUCUUUUCACCUUCUUCCUAUCUUUUCUUUUCCUUUCCUUAAUGAUACCAUAGAAGCAGCAAAGUCACGUUCUUAAAGUUGAAUGCUUUUUAUAAAGAAUCAUAUUAAAGAAGACUUGACCCGUGUAACACCCCAACUGCUUCUUCACUUUUAUAUAUAUAUAUAAAGGCUCUUUCAAUACGGAGUUUACCACCAAAAAGACUUAGUUAUUUCUUACACAUUGCCAUUUCAAGAAACUCUUCAAAACCCCACAUCACAUUCACAAGCCACAACAAAAAGAAGCAAUAUAUAAUGCCAUUUUCUUAUACUAAAAACUGCUUGCAACGUUUCUGUGUGGACGAGUUCCAAAUGAAUACAGAAACCAAUCAUAGUGGUUUCUUCUCCAGUGAUCUUCUCCCUUCACUUGGAGCUCGAAUCAACUACGCGACAAAGCUUCGAAAAUUCAUCAUUUCGCCUUUCAAUCCCCGCUACAGGUGUUGGGAGAUGUUUCUAGUUGUUUUGGUGAUCUACUCAGCUUGGAUUUCUCCAUUUGAGUUUGCAUUCUUGUCAUACAAGAAAGAUGAUACUCUGUUCAUAAUUGACAACAUUAUGGACUGCUUCUUUGCUGUUGACAUUUUCCUUACUUUCUUCGUCGCGUAUCUUCAUCCAGAGUCCUAUCUUCUUGUUGAUGAACCUAAGAAAAUAUCAAUAAGGUACUUGUCAACAUGGUUCGUAUUUGACGUAUGUUCUACUGUACCAUUUCAAUCAUUGAUCCUCGUCUUCACGGAUCACAAAGAAAGCGGUGGGGUUGGCUUCAGAUUGCUGAGCAUGCUUAGACUUUGGCGUCUCAGACGAGUCAGCGCCCUGUUUGCAAGACUUGAGAAGGACAUCCGGUUCAACUACUUCUGGACUCGAUGUACAAAACUCGUAGCAGUAACAUUGUUUGCUGUGCACUGUGCUGGAUGCUUUAACUAUAUGAUUGCAGAUAGAUAUCCUGAUCCAAAAAAGACAUGGAUUGGUGCUGUAAACCCAGAUUUCAAGCAAGAAAGCGUUGGAGAUAGAUAUAUAACUUCAAUGUAUUGGUCUAUUGUAACGCUGACCACAACCGGUUAUGGGGACUUGCAUGCUGAGAACUCAAGGGAAAUGCUCUUUGAUAUCUUUUACAUGUUAUUCAACUUGGGUUUGACAGCUUACAUCAUCGGAAACAUGACUAACCUUGUUGUUCAUUGGACCAGCCGCACCAGAAACUUCAGGGAUACGGUGAAAGCAGCCCAAGAAUUUGCGAAAAGGAAUCAGUUGCCUCCAAGGGUACAAGAUCAGGUUUUGUCCAACAUCUGUCUAAAGUUCAAAACAGAAGCAUUGAAACAAGAAGUGACUCUCAAUGGCCUGCCUAAAGCCAUCAGAACAAGCAUUGCACACCAUCUGUUUUUAACUAUAGUUCAAAAUGUCCACUUAUUCCAAGGCGUGUCACGGAACCUUCUUUUCCAACUGGUUCCUGAAAUGGAAGCUGAAUACUUCCCCCCGAAGCAAGAUGUGAUUUUGCAGAAUGAGGCUCCAACAGACCUAUAUAUAAUAGUUUCAGGAGCAGUGGAAUUGAUAGCACAGGUUGAAGGGCUAGAACAAAGAAUUGGAAAGGCUGUUGCAGGAGAACUAUUUGGAGAAAUAGGUGUUUUGUGUGGGAGACCACAGCCAUUUUCUGUUCGAACUACCGAGAUUUCACAAAUUCUAAGGCUAAGCAGGACAGCAUUGAUGAACAUCCUUCGCGCAAAUCCAGAAGAUGAACGGAUAAUUAUGAACAAUCUUUUGCUGAAACUGCAGGGAUUUGGAAGCUUUGGUUAUGUGGACCACCAAACAAAUGUUGGACCAGAAAUCAAAAGGCAUGAUGAUCAUGAUACAGCACUGACUAGCAUAGAUAUCAAUAAUUUGAAAGCUAGAGUUAAUAAGCAAGAGGAAAAUGAUGGACAAGAAGUAAACAAAACCAUGAAUGAUUUGUCAUUAGAUUUUGAAAAUAAGAGAGAAUUGCAUAAAGUGGAGCUCAAUGGACCAGACGAGGGAACAAAGAGCUGUCAACUGAAGUCUGAGGUCCCACGUUGUUCUAACUCUUGCCAUAAAAGACCCACAUGUAGUGCCAAUUUAAGUGGCUCUAAAGAGACAAAAUCCACCCACCAUAAGAGGAGAAUCACCAUUCACAUGAAAAAGAAAGAAUCAGUGCAUGACCAGUUUGGGAAGUUAAUAAUCCUCCCUGAUUCACUAGAAGAGCUAUUCAAAGUAGCAGGUCAAAGAUAUGGAGGCAACAAUUUCAAGAGAGCUGUAAAUGCAGAAGACGCUGAAAUAGAUGACAUCGAUGUCAUCAGAGAUGGCGAUCAUCUGUUUUUCCUUUAACAUGAAUGCUUGAGCAUAGAAUAUAAUCCUAAUUGAUCGCAAAGGAAAAUUAUCAUAAGGGUAGAGAUGAGGUUCAAAGCAAUUGUAUAUUGAUCUCAUUGUGUAAAUGUUAGGCAAAAUGAUUCAAUCUUUGUAUCUCCAAAGGGAGAAAUCAAAGCUGCAGAUGUAAUACAUCACUUUCAAGAAUAUCUUCAACCUAUUACAGAAGGAUUACACUCU